UUACAAUCUCAUCUACUUCCUCCACCAUAUCACCUUGCACCCCAAGGUAUAUAUAGUCUGCUGAAGUUGUACUUUCUAAGCCGAGGAAACCGGGUAUUGUACUGAAAUCCUCGACUCCAACUAACACCAGCUCCUCGCCCUCGCGUGUCGAGAGCAUCAUAUCAUACCUAUUCAUUACUCGACUCAACUCUCACUCAACCACAUCACUCGAGUCACACAAGGCAAAAUCAAUCAUGGCGGACCGCCUCACCUCCCGCCUCGCCGGCCUCAACCCCUUCAAGCCAACCGCCGCCGCCGCCGACGACGACGACAAGGGCGACCUCAUCGCCCCAGAACCAGGCCACCUGUCGCGCAAGUCGGACCACGGCAAGGCCCAGCUCCGCGUCAGCCACGCGCUGCGGUCCUUUCUCGUCCACCAGGGCAUCCUCUCGGAGCGCGACGCCGGCCUCGACUCGUCCUACUCGUCCUCCGACUUCUCCUCCCCGGAGCCGCUGCGGGCCCUGCUCGGCCGGCGCAGCUUCGAGGCGCCCGCGCCGCUGCUCGACCCGAAGCACGCGCUGCCCGAGUACUUUGUCAGCUCCAGCCACAACACGUACCUGCUGGCGCACCAGCUGUACGGCAAGUCGUCGGCGGCGGCGUACGAGACGGCGCUGACGACGGGGUCGCGCUGCAUCGAGAUUGACGCCUGGGACGAUCCGGAGUGUGCGGACGAGCCCAAGGUGACGCACGGCUACACGCUGGUGUCGCACAUUCCGUUCCGGGCCGUGUGCGAGACGAUCCGCGACGUCUUUGAUCGCGAGCAGCAGCAGCAGCAGCAGCAGGCCGGAGAUGCUGCUGGUGUCUCUGCCUCUGCCGCAGCCUCGCCCAUCUUGCUGUCGCUCGAGAACCACUGCGGGCCGCACGGGCAGCGCCGGCUGGUGCAAAUCAUGAGGGACGUCUUCGGUCACCGCCUGAUAAGCGAGCCCGUCCGCGCAAAGGGCACGCGCGAGCAGCAGGGGAGCGGUGAGCAUGUGACGCUGGCCGAUCUGGGCUCCAGGAUCGCCGUCAUUGUCGAGUUUCAUCUGCCUGACGAGGCCUCAUCAUCAUCCUCAUCAUCGUCAUCGUCAUCGUCAUCCUCCUCCUCCUCCUCCUCUGACGACAAUGACGACAAUGACGACAAUGACGACGACAAAAACGACAAAGAGCAGCAGCGCCAGGCCCGCCGCGCCUACAAGGCCAGCAAGAAGAAGCAGUCGUCAACCGCCAUCGUGCCCGAGCUGGCCCAGCUGGGCGUCUACGCGCAGUCGGUGAAACCCAAGGACAACUCGUGGUUCGACCCGGGCCAGCUGGUCGACGGCCCGCAUCACCACCUCAUCAACGUGUCCGAGUCCGGCCUGGCCGCCCACCUGCCGCAGCACGCCGUCGCCAUCGCCCGCCACAACGCCCGCCACCUCAUGCGCGUCUUCCCCAAGGGCACGCGCAUCUCGUCGUCCAACCUGCGGCCCGUCCGCUUCUGGGCCGUCGGCGCCCAGAUCUGCGCCCUCAACUGGCAGACGUUUGGCACCAGCAACCAGCUCAACGACGCCCUCUUCAGCGGCUCCGCCGGCUACGUCCUCAAGCCCGCGGCCCUGCGCGAGGGCGGCAGCGGCAGCCUGGCCACGGGCCGCAGGCGGAGGCUGCGCGUCCACGUCGCUGGCGCCACGGACGUGCCGCUGCACGACGCCGACAGGGAGCGCGACUCCAUCAAGCCCUACCUGACGUGUACGCUCUACAGCCCUCUUGCUGCCGCCGACAACGACGACGCCAACAGCAACGGCGAGGGCGAGCCCGCCAAGCGCAAGACGGCGCCCUACCGCCACCACAAGCUGGGCUUCUUGCACCGCGGCGAGAACCCGCACGCCACGGACCCCGUCUGGGACGAGACGCUCGAGUGGGAGUACGAGGACAACGAGCUGGUGUUUCUGCGCAUGCUCAUCAAGAGCGACGACAGCUUUGCCCGCAACCCAAAGUUUGCCGCCGUGGCGGUCAGGCUGGCGUAUGCGGAGCCGGGGUGGACGUUUUUGCGCAUGAUGGACCUCAAGGGCAAGGAGACGGAUUGUACGCUGCUGGUCAAGUUUGACUUUGAGGAUCUGUGA